GCAGUGUGAAGUUUUUUCUUCUGCACAUUAUAAUCGCAAUUGUUUGACGAAAUUUACUUUUGUUAAUUUUCAUUUUCUGUAAUUAUAAAGAAAUUAAAUAAAUAUAAAAGUGCAUUGAUUAUAUUCUUAAUUAUCUAAUAAAUAUUGAAACAAUUAAAAAUCAUCCAACAAACUGAUAGAUUCUUUGUUAUCCAAGCAAAUCUGCGAUUGAGAAAAAAUGGGUGACAUAGUAGAGACUCGUCAGAGUGAAUUGAGGGACAAAAAGAUAUGUCGCUUUUGCUUGACUCAAAAUGCCUCCGAUUUAACAAACAUUUAUUCCCGUUCCCGGGAAAAUCGAGUGAAGACUGCACCAUUGCCUCUUCAGGUGAUGGCCUGUGUUUCCAUUGAGGUUUUUUCAAACGAUUGUAUGCCUGGUUACGUAUGCAGUGAAUGUCGUUUAAUUUUCGACUAUUGUUAUCGCUUUAAGCAAAUGUGCAAGAAAGCCGAUACAUGCCUUCGUCACUAUCCUCUUACUGGACAAUGGUCGCCUGCAAUGGACCAUCCAAAAAUUCCAACUGAACUUUUACAAAAAGAAAAAUCUGCUCAAAAAAAUCUGAACGCAUUACAAGUUCCCAAACCCAUAGAAGUUGUAGAAACUAUAAAAGAAAUUGUCGAAGAGGAAGAAGAUCAAUCGCCUGCUAUAACCAUAAAACCAGAGAACAUCAAAACUCAAAUUCCGAACAAAAAAUCAACUCAAACUAGACAGCAAUCCCAGAAGACAGAUGUAGAAAUAGAUGAACCAGAUGCUGAAGAAGAAUACACACCAAAAAAAGCACCAGUUUCAGUUUCAGCAAAAUCUGCUGUCCGCAAAACUUCGGUUGUAAAAAUAUUGAAUAAAUCGGCCAUUCGCAUUCUUAAUAAAGAGGCUCAACGAGUUAUCGAGCCAAUAAUGACGAAACCGGUGUUACAACGUGAUGACGAUGGCAAUCUUUCAAUUGUCACUCAGAUUCUUGAGCAAGAUGUGCCUGAUAUAAAAGAAUCUCUAGCACAAACCACAGUAUUAGAGACGAACGUUUACCCUUGUCCGCAUUGUGAACGUUCUUUUCCAUUGCAACAAUUACUUGAUAUUCAUUUGGUGAAUCAUAAUCGAGAAAGAAGCUUCUUCUGCGAAUUCUGCGACAAGAGUUUCUUCAGCAAAUACGACUUGCAGAAGCACAACUUGACGCACACUGGUGAGAAGCCUUAUAAAUGCGUUGUAUGCAACAAAGGUUUUACGCGCUCUACUUUGUUACAUCGUCACGAAAAAACACACACUGAUAUUCCCAAGUUUAUAUGUGUGUUCUGUGAGAAAUCUUUUAUAUCGCAAGAAGAAAUGGAGAAGCACACUGAACGGCAUCGUAAACACCGACCAUUUGUGUGUAAGAUUUGUAACAAAGCUUUUGCCUUCAAGCAAGGCCUGGAACGUCACGAAGUUGUUCACUGUCGUCAACAACCAUUCCAAUGUCAAUAUUGCGACCAAAGCUUCCCAACCCCAAGUAAAUUAUCUAGACAUUUGACAGCCCAUGCUGGAAAACGUCCUUAUCCAUGCAAGCUUUGCCCUAAAUCCUAUCUACUUAGUCAUCAUUUGACUAGACAUAUGCGUUCCCACAAAAAUGGCUCUGGUUCAUAUAAGUGCAUUGAUUGUCAGAAACCAUUCAAUACGAGAGAUGACUUGAUUUAUCACUCGGCUGUGCAUGCCGCUCAAACAAUGGUUUGUCCGCUGUGCAAGGAUGCAUUUGAUGAUAUUGAAACUGUAACUGAACAUGUUAGACAGCAUGCCGAAGGUGAAGCCUAUGCUUGCGAGUUCUGCGAUUUUAUUUACAUGACAAAUGAAAGAUUAGAAGAACACACCAAAGCUUCGCAUGCCGAUGAGAUGGUUGCCUACGAUGAGGAUACUAGAAGAAAUGCUUUGGCUGAAAAAAAUGCAAAAAAUCAAGAUACAAAUUCAAACGAAACCUCAACUAAAGAAAUGGACGAGGUAAUUGAAGAGUUUCUGUAUGAAGAAUUUCCAGAUGAUACUUUGAAAAAAGAAGAAACUGAGGAAAAUGUCAUUGUCAAGGACGAAGCUGAAUGGGAAAAUCAACUUGAUAAUCAUAACCAAGCAUCAAUCGACACUUCUUUAGUUUCCACAGAAAACGAAACUAUAGAUGAAGAAACAUUAGAACUUAUGAAUAUAAUUGAAAUGAGCGAACAAGACAGCGAACCUCCUGCAAAAAUAAAGAAAAUCUAUGGAAAACCAGCUGAAGUAGCAAAAGUUGUUUCAGUGAAACAAACACAACCACUUCGUCGAAAAGUACCGAUAAAGUCUGGUAAUGCAAUAUCACCAGCCAGUUCUAGUUCAUCGUCGCCAAAGGAAAAUAAGAAGCCACAACAAGCAACUCCAGCAGCAAAAAUAAUUUCAGUACCAAAGGCUGUUGUUAAGCCGCCAGUUUCAACGACACCAAAAACUCGUCAGCCAACCAUUCAAGCAGCUCUAAAAGCCAUAUCGAAAUCGGUUUCGGUAAAAAAAAUAGAAACACCAAACAAAACAUUGGUAACUGGUUCGAUACCAAAACCAGUCGAAACCGAAACACCAACAAGAAAAACAUCUCCACGAGUAGCAGCAGUGAAGCAGGAUCCAUCGCAACAGAACAAGGUAUCUAAGCCGUCGCCUAAUACAAAUCAACGAAUGUUACGUCAACGUAGUGAAACAACUCCGGAAGUUAGAGUGCAACAAGUUAAAGCUAGCCCCGUCUCUAAGGAAAUUAAAAAAUCUCCACAAAAGCCAGCCGCAUUAGUGGCUGUGAAGAAAAUUGAUGCAUCUCAAGAGGACAAAAAGCUUGUUGAAAUGGUUAUUGAUGAUAAGAAAGUAAAAGUUAAAAAAAUUACAAUGUCUAAAGCGCAAGUAGCUGAGAUGACACGCGAUGGCCGUAUUCAAAUGAAAGGAGGAACUAUGAUUCUUAAAAAGAAUUCAGCAUGAGCAUCUUUAAAUGAUGUUUAAAGUCCAAAUGCAGACUUAAAAAAUAUAUCUAUUUUAUCUGUGUAAGAAUUGUACACAAAACAAAU